AUCCCCACGCCACUCACUAGCUAAGGAACUAUCUUAGAGCUUCUUCCAGCUAUUUGCACCAACCACCACCACAGCCAUGUCCAUGGCCGAGUACUCCAAGCUUUGCUUCCAGUACUUGUUCGAUAAUCUCCUUGCUAUUUCACUCGUUUCUGGUCUUAUGAACGACCUCAUCGAGGUCCAAAAGCUCUGGGCUUCAUUCCAGGCCUACUAUCUCCUCUUCUUCUCGCUUGCCUUGAUCAUCUUCUUGGCCACCGUAUACUUCAUGUCAAGGCCCCGCCCCGUAUAUCUCGUAGACUUCGCAUGCUAUAAGCCACCGGCAUCAUCCCGGUUCCCCUUCUCCAAGUUCAUGAAUCACUCGAAGCAGAACGAGGUCUUCGAGCCCUCGAGCAUCGAGUUCCAACGCAAGAUCCUCGAGCGGUCGGGUCUCGGCGAAGAUACCUCCCUCCCCCCAGCCCACCAUGUCAUCCCCUUCGCCCCCACCAUGGCCAAGUCGAGGGAGGAGUCCGAGCUGGUCAUCUUCUCCGUCGUCGAUUCGCUCUUCCGGAAGACCAAGGUCAAGCCCAGAGAUAUUGACAUACUCGUCGUGAACUGCAGCCUCUUCUCGCCGACGCCCUCCCUCUCGGCGAUGAUCGUGAACAAGUACAAGAUGCGAAGCAACAUCCGGAGCUUUAACCUCUCCGGCAUGGGAUGCAGCGCGGGGAUCAUCUCGAUCGAUCUUGCACGCGACGAGCUGCUGGUACACGCCAACUCCAACGCGCUCGUCGUGACGACGGAGAUCAUCACCGAGCACUGGUACAUCGGGAACCGGCGGUCGAUGCUGGUGGCCAACUGCCUCUUCCGCAUGGGCGGCGCGGCCGUGCUUCUCUCCAACAAGCGCCAGAAGAAACGGAAGGCAAAGUAUGAGCUCCUCCACUUGGUGCGCACGCACCGAGGAGCCGACGACCGGGCAUACCGGUGCGUCUACCAGGAGGAGGACGGCGAGAAGAAGGGGGUGUCGCUGUCCAAGGAUCUCACGGCGAUCGCCGGGAGCGCAUUGAAGGCCAACAUCGCGGCGCUCGGUCCGCUCGUGCUGCCGCUCUCCGAGCAGAUUCUUUUCUUCCUCAACAUGGUCGGCCGGCGGUUCGCCAACCCGAAGUGGCGGCCGUACGUGCCGGACUUCACGAAGGCCUUCGAUCACUUCUGCAUACAUGCUGGGGGCAAGGCGGUGAUCGAGGAAAUGGGGACGAAACUCAGGCUGAGCGAGGAGCAGACGGAGGCGUCGAGGAUGACGCUGCACCGGUUCGGGAACACGUCGUCGAGCUCGCCGUGGUACGAGCUCGGCUACGUGGAGGCGAAGGGGAGGAUGAGGAAAGGGGACAGGGUGUGGCAGAUGGGGCUGGGGAGUGGGUUCAAGUGCAACAGCGCUGUUUGGCGCUGCCGCCGGUCGGUGGGGAGGGAGGAGGAGGGGGCGUGGGCCGACUGCAUCGACCAAUACCCGGUGCAAGCGGCGGAGAGCGACCAGCACUAGAAAUUUACCUCCGCCUUGCCCUCUACAACAAGGGUUGGAUUAGAUUUAAUUAUGGAAUGGAGUCGAUUAAUUCUGGUGUGGUUGGUGGGGGAGGGAGAGUCCUCGAUCACAAAGAUGCGUCCAAUAAGUAGUGGAAGUUAAGUGUCUUCGUACGUACGUGAUGCAAUCAUGCAAGUUAUUUCGAUAUCGUUUCUUUUUGCAUGCAUGGUAGUAUCGUAGAGUAGUUUAGUUCAUACAGGUUCUAAGACAAAUUAAUGUAUACCGGUAAAAGAAGAAUUCCAAAGGGAGUGUGUAACUUCUCUACCAUAUGAAUGAUCAAUUUUCAUG